AUGAAAGAAAAACUGUUGUUAGUGUUUGUGGCUGUUCAUCUAGGAAAUGUUCUCAGUGAUUUCCUCAACCAAGUAAUCGAUGUCGAUGACAUUCUAUCGGAAAACUUUAUGCCGAGCUCUCUGCUCAUGCUCGACAGUUCCGAUAGCGGCAAAGAGGCUACGAAUAUUACUAAUCAGACGGCAGAUAGUACCCUCAUAGACACUUUAGAGUCGGAUGGGAGCUUUGGAAAUGCUAUGUCAACAAUGAAUUUCCACAGGUCGAUGAUUAAUCAAUAUCUGUGCAGAAAUUUUCUGGCUGAACAGAUUAUGUCCAACUUAACCGUAGACCGGAUUAAACGUAGAAUGGGUCACGUGACACCUGGUAUAGGGGAAGAGAGGGCAGCCUCUAACAUCCAACUGAACGUCAAAAGAAACCUUAUCAGUGACGAGGGAUCUUCAGCUUACAAGGAUUGGCUAUCAAAGAGCACUACUUUAGAAGACAUCUAUCGCAAUUUCGACCAAGCUCAGGAUAAAGAAGAUGAGGAAGAAGACAACGAUAAAGGAGAAGAGAUGGAAGAAGAUUAUGUUCCACCUGUGACGAGGCCUAAGGAAAGCAAUGCAGUUACCCUUAAACACAGGGGGCACCAAGGAGGAGAAGAAAUCUAUUAUUCAGCAGGUGGAGAAGGAUCUUCUUUUGGGGGCCAUGAUUUGGGAGGAGGCCACAGUGGUAUUGGAGUAGGCCAUAGUGGUAUUGGAGUAGGCCACAGUGGUAUUGGAGGAGGGCAUAGUGGAUACGGUGGAGGACAUAGUGGAUAUGGAGGACAUAGUGGAUAUGGAGGAAGCUAUUCUGUUCAUGAACCAGGAGGUCAUUUGGGGUACGACGAAGGUCCAAUUCACCAGCCCGUUUACGAAUCUACACCUCCUAAAUACCAAGUACAUCAGGUGCAUAAUUACUAUAACAAAGAGAAAGAUUUGGCCGAUUUGUUCGAGAUAGCACUAACAGCGCUGGCCUUUUUGGCUUUCAAAAUGUUCCUUGUGCAUGUGAUAAUGUGCAUCAGUUCGGUAUCCUACAAACCAACGACAACGACCAGCGCCCCCGUGAUAGCGAUGAGCAUGAACCCGACAGCGACAGCUCCUGGAGGUAUGACAGGCACUGGUGGAGGGGGUGGCAUGACAGCAACCGGCACAGGGGGUGGUAACACCAGCACAGGGGGUGGUAACACCGGCACCGGAAACGGUAUGACAGGUACUGGGGACGGUAUGGCAGAUACUGGAGGGGGAGACGGUAUGACAGAUAUGGGAGACGGAGAUGGUAUGACAGAUACAGGAGGAGGAGACGGUAUGACAGAUACGGGAGGGGGAAACGGUAUGACAGAUACGGGAGGGGGAGACGGAAUGACAGGUACGGGUGAUGGAGACGGCAUGACGGACAAUGGAGGAGGUGAUACCACUGGGACGAAUAAUGAUGGUGAUGGUGAUGGAGGUGAUCCAGAUGCAGGUAGGAGUUUGGGCAUGAGUUGGUUAUCCGGAAAACUAACCAAGAAUGUUCCACCAGCUACUUCUAUGCUCGACGCUCUGAAGGCAUCUUUGCUCGGAUUGGGACAUGCGAACUGUGAGAUCAUUUAUCAAAGAUGUGAUUUGAAGAAGCACGUUUUGGAAUCCAGAAGAAAACGGAGACGAAAGAGAUCAACAAAAUGA